UCACCCCAGCCGGUUACUGCUGAGACUUCAUUGCUACAAUAGCAGUCACCAGAGGGAUCAAACAAAUAAAAGAGAUGGCUGUUAAGUCAGACAGUGAAAUAAUUACAAAUUCUAUGACAGAAGAAGACCCUAAUAAAAAUAUUCAAUACUCAGAAGGAGAAGUCGCAUCUAAACCUCGAUGGGGCCCUGAACACGCAGGUGCUAAGGAAUUGGCGAGCAAGUAUACCGCAGGCAAAAGAUUCCAAGAAACAGUUUGUUUGUGUGUCAGCAUAUUUUUGUUGAUAGUUAACACAUACUAUCUGAUCAUAUACUUUCGACCUGGAGAUUGGCAUAUGAUUCUUAUUUGUGCUUUGCUGGGUAUUGUGACAGCUGACUUUUGCAGUGGUGUUGUCCAUUGGGGUGCUGAUACCUGGGGAUCUGUGGACUUGCCUGUGGUUGGAAGUGGUUUUAUUCGACCGUUUAGAGAACAUCAUAUUGAUCCAACAUCCAUCACUCGGCAUGACUUCAUUGAAACAAAUGGUGAUAACUUUGCUGUCAUUAUUCCCUUCAUUGGAUACUCAGCCUACCAGUUUUAUACUCUUUCCCCUGGAGAGAUAGCUGAGUCCUAUAACUGGAAGAUGUACAUGUUCUUGUUAGCUGUCUUUGUAAGCCUCACAAAUCAGUGCCACAAAUGGUCGCACACAUACUUUGGUCUGCCCUGGUACAUCACACUGCUGCAAGACUUGCACAUCAUCCUCCCUCGCAAGCACCACCGCAUUCAUCACGUCUCCCCCCACGAGACCUACUACUGCAUCACAACAGGCUGGCUCAAUUACCCCUUAGAGAAGAUUGGAUUCUGGAGCAAGGCAGAAAGUUUGAUAGAGAGUUUAACAGGAAGUAAGCCCAGAUCAGAUGACAUGGCCUGGGCCAGUAAAUCACAAUAGCCCACUUUGGCUGGACAUGUUUCCUUUGUUUUGUUUUUUUAGGCCAAGUUUAGUUGCUAGUGGUGUGGUUGUGCCAUUGUAUACUUAAGUUUAUAACCCACCUUUUGUAUUAGAUUAGGUGUUAGAAAAAAUAUUUGAUUUUAUUGCCAAGUCAGGAAAACCCAUCAGCAUUCUGGCUAUAUGUAACAAAAACUAGAAGUUAGGACUCGACUAUUUGUUAAACCUAUUGUCUUAAACAAUAUUUUAAUAGCUGUGUAAAGCGUAGACUUAUUUUCCUUGGAAGUAAAUUCCUAUAACAUUUAAUAUCAAAAGUUUUAGAGCUACUAAAUUGACAUUUUGUCCAUCUAGUUCACAUUUUUCAUUAGCUAGUUCUUCAUGAGACAAAGACAUAUUCUCUGUAUUCAAUGCUAUAGUUAUGUCAGUGGGCUAGAAUAGUUUUACUCAAGGUUUGUUCAUGCAUGCAAGUGUUUGAGUUCUGGGCCAGAGAAAAGUAACAUGAUGUGAUAUCUAGUGGCUCUGGUUUCUACAUCAGCUGUUUCCAUUUAGCAACUUGUUGACAUGACAGAUAUUUUUUAAACAUUUUUUUCAUAUUUUGUGAGCAGCUCAAAUUGUAUUGCUCAUUUAGAAUACUUAAUGAUCUUAUUAAUUCAUGAUCCUUUGCUUAGCUAGAUCAAAGACUUAAUUUUUAAAGUAAUUUCACAAUAGUUGAAAUCAUGUCGUUACCAGUUUGAUUUAUACCUGUAGUUAUAAUGCUUAAAUAUCUAGAGGAUUUCAAAAAAUAUAUUCACUUUGAAAUAACUUGGUUGACAGCAUGGGGCGGUACAGUCAGUUAAAACUUUUCCUCGCUAGUCGAAUGGCAUAAUACUUUUACUGGGGAUACCAGUCACUUUUAAAAGUAAAUUGUGUUUUAAAUUAGCAUUUUAUAUUUUUGUCACAUUUUUAAUGUACUAAUCUUGUUUGAUUUUAGUGUAAUUCAUUUUACCUUUGUGUAUCAUGUGUUUGAUCUCAUGGCUAGACAAGCAAGCUGGAUAGGUUUUCAGUGCUAGCUUAUAAACAAUAGUGGCUGUAUUUUUUAAAAUCAAAUUUAAUGUAUUAGAUUUUGAUAGAGCAAGUCCUCAUUUUUAUAUUGGGUAACAAAAAAAAGUGUCUUUUGAUGUUUAGAUUAUAUUUUAAUGUGACCAAUUUUGAAAGUGAAAAUAUGAAAUAUGUAGAACUUUUUAGUGUAUUUACAAUUUGGUAGUAAUGAUGAAUGUUAUGGUAAGGAUUAACAGUGUGUUUUAGUCUCCACCCUGUUAUGUGUAGGUAGUGAGGUUAGAACAGGAUGUGUAGACCCCUGCCUCAGGUGUAGAGUGCAUGAAGCAUCUCUCUGUAAAUACAAACUCAAUGUGUUGUGGAGUUUUUCUGUCUGAUUCUGGAAAAUGCUUAAUUACUUUGCACAAAUUGCAAUUAAUCAGAGCGUCUUUUGUGUGACUUGCUUUAAGUUGAUACUUAAAUGUUUUUAAAUAUUGAUCCUCAAGGUCCAAUCUUUGUAACUGAAUAUUUUUGUACAGCUUUUUUUGUAACUUUUAGUUCUCAAAUGUCCAUUCUUUAGUUAUCUCCCAUUUGUACAAGAUUUUAUUGUCCAUUACAGCCAUGUUAUAUUGUUUCUUAAUAAGAAAUUAUAUUUAUGAAAUAUAUACUUAUAUUUAUUAUAUACAUAUAAAAAUAGUUUUCUCUUAGUAAAAUUUUUCUACUUGAUAUACUUGUUACAUUGAACAGUCUUUAAGGUGCAUUCAUUUGUCUGUUGUAGGAUACUCUGUGUGAACUGUAUACACUGCUAUAUACCAGUGGUCUCCAACUUCAUUAAACACCAAGAAAUUGUGGCACAUCCCCACCCCUCUAGCAUGUUUACACUGGCAACAUGUAUACUAAACAUGUCUAGAAAUUUACUUUUUCAACAACUUCCCAUAAAAUUAAACUUAAUGCAAUGGUUUUUUUUUUCUGCAUAGUAUACAGUUGGAAGAGUAAAUGUGCUAUAAUAUAUAUUGGAUGUGAAAAAUUCCUUGAAGCAAUAUGCCCCUGGUGAAUAUAAAAUUUCUGACCAUGAAAUAUCUAUAGAACAUUUUUCACUAAUUCAGCCCUCUAAAGGAAUCACCUCUCCCAGUUUUUGAUAACUAUUGCUCUAUAGCAGUCUUGCUGUUUAUAUGUAUGAUUCUACAUUCUUUUAGAUAUGCUCCUACACACUUUAAUGUGCAGUUUCCCCUUCCCUUAAAAAUUUCUGUGAGUUGGCUAGUACUUACAAUGUACUUUAUCUCCAAGUCCAGUAUGGCUAAGUACUUGAACUAUCGGACUUCUGGGUAUGAUGCUAAUUAAUAUAACACAUUCCUUUUACAAGUUUGCAUUGAAAACUUAACAAAAUUGGAUUGUUGUAUUUAGCAAUACCACCUGCCUCGCUAGUCACCCUUGAUAUACCACCAGGGCAAACAGCAGUUAACCAGUCAUGUUGUAUCCCAGAAGGUGUACUGUAUCUAUAGGUACCAUACAAGCCAUGUAUCUUUGCCUUAAGCUGUUAGCAAUAUGAUUGUAUUUUUUGAGCCACUGAUCAAAGCUGGGCAAAAUUUUAGUUCUUUUGUGUCUAUGGUCUGUAUGGGCAAACUUGGCAUCUUUUGCCUGCCUUUGUAUUCUUUAGUAUCUAAUCAUGGCUGGUCUUGAUGUUUCCCUUAAUGUGUACAUGUUUCCAUCCUUGACAAUUGCCUUAUAACUCUAGACUUGAUAUAGUGUUGAUAUCACUAGACCACAUUGCUGUACAAACCAGAUCUAUAUAAGUUGAAUGCUAUGAUUGGUGCAAGCAGCUUCUAUAUGCUAACAUCUGAGGGGAGUGCCCAGCAAUAAGACCUGGCCCCACCCCAAUCUAUCACUGACCAUUAGAUCAAAUGAAUAGUACAAGUGUUAAGCUUCUGUUAGCAAUGAUGCUUUUAUUUGAUUUUUGUUUAGCUAAUGGUUGUAACAAGUGUUUGCAUAGUUCAAAAGUUCAUGCUUGCAUUAAAUGUACAAUUGUCCACUGCUC